CUCGCCUCCUUGAAUAUAAAAAAGAUGAACAUUUGAUGAAAAUAUAAAAUUUGUUACUUUCUGAUUUUAUUCUUUAAACAGAAAAAUGUCUGCUCUUAUAAAGAUGUCUGUUAAAAAAAACGAACACGUUGGAAGUAUAUAUAUGCCGAUGUAUGUAUCAACAAUACAAUCAAAGAAACCGAACUAUACAAAAUAAAAUAAAAUAAAUUAGAAUUUAAAUUCUAUAAUAGAGGAAUAAUUGGGGAAUAGCGGAAUUGAGGAAUAGCGACCGACAGACCGGAAUACAUUUUGAAACGUUCCCUUAGUAGUCAUGCAACCAAGGUACAUUUUCUCUAUAUAAUAGUUUCGUACAGAACACACCUUCUGCUGUAAUAUAGUCUGGCAAAAUUGUAUCCAACCGUAGAGUUGGCCAUGCUACAGGUUAGAUUGAGUCAUUUCGUAGAAUGAGGUGCUACUUUUAUGUUCUCCUCGAAUUGCAAGUCUACGAAUGUGUGUACAUACGCACAUAUCAACUAUGUAAUCAGUUUUGACGUUUUCAUGUCACCGAAUUAUAGCUGAUGUAUGGCUACGUUUAUUAGUACGUAAAAAAUUAAAUCAUCCUUAUACACUUAAAACGUAACUUAUUUCAUGUACAAAUAUGUACUUACUGAUUUGUUAGGAAAUAAAUCAGUUGCUAACAAAACAGUAUUAUGUGGUGAUUGAUUAGUAAAUGUACUAGGGGAUGUAGUAGUCAUUGACGUAUCCGAAGUGUUUGAACAUAGAAUCAUACUUGAUGACGAAUCCCUGUCGUUCUAUAAGAACAAAAUAUAAUAAUGUCAUGAAAGAGUACUUCCUCGUUCGUUUAUUACCAUUCGCUUUUGGAUAGCGAUAGUAAUCGUUUUCUCCACAUAAUGGCAUGGACGUAUUUUAUGUUGCUUUGCAAUCUUUCUCGCUUUGCUCUUUAGAAAACCGACCUAUACACAAAUGAAUGAUCUUAAGUAGAUAACGUAAUAUCAUAUGAGACACUAAUUUAUUUGUACAAACCUGUUUUCGAACAACCUUCAGUAAACCGGCUGCAUCAAACUCGUUAACAUCGGACGCCGUCAACAAAAAUUUUCUAAUAAUGUCAGGCAAUACUUCAUCGGGCAACAAUGAAUUAUUUUCGAUUAUGUCGUUGAUAUCAAUCACAAAUUUGCUUAUAGAUUGAUUUUGAGUCUGCGACAUUUUAUGUAGCAAAAAGUAUUUUAUUUUAUGGUAAAGCUUAAUUUUGAACUGAGAGUUUAUAUAGACCUAGCUGAAAUUUUUUCUGCUCAUUAUGUGAAUACAUGACAAUAGAACAAGUUGUAUGAUACAAUGCAUAAUUGCGUUUUCCCAUAUAUAUGACUAUGCUAGUUUGUAUAGAUAAGACUGCGUGUAUGAUAGUAGUAUUGUUUCAGGCACAAAUUGUAUAUUUUUAGUGUCUAAUUGAAUGUACAUAGCUGUUUAUCAAUUGAGAGAACAUUACUGAUUUAAAUUCUUAUAUAAGGACGACAAAUUCUUCAAAAAAAUCAUUCAAUUACUUUAUUAAAAUAGUACAUUGCACAAAAAUUUUCUUCCUGACAUCGUCAUUUCAAAAAUUCUCCUCUUAUUGAUAUUUGAUAUCUUUAUUUCCUAUGGUAAGUUACCACAUAGGAUUCAUACAUAAAAAUAUGACCUGUUGCGAUUUUGUUUUGUCACCGAUUUCUGCUCUCCGGAAAAAACGAAAAGAGUUUUACUUUGUAGUGAAAAUGUUGCCUAACUCUUCUACUCGAUAAAAAUAUGUAUCGCUAUGAAUUUGAUGCAUAAUUUUGCUCCACUAAGAGAGCGUUUCAAAAUAUACAUUCCACUUUAUAAAAUUUUUAUAUAGAUGUAUACAAGAACUUCGUUUUCUUUUCUAAUUGCCUCUAACUUUCCCGGUUGGCAGAAUACGAAAUAAGUUUACAGUGAGCACUCUCUUUCUUGGGUACAUAAAAGGUUAACAUUCGAUCAAAAUUUAAAAUUUGUUCAUUUACUGUAAAUGUAAUUAUUUACUUGUAUACAUCUAUAUAAAAAUUAUUAUAAAAUGAAAUAUUGUAUCGAAAUAGUCGUGGAAUAACGACCGACCGACCGGAAUAUCUUUUUAAACGCCCCUAACUAAAGUAACGAAUGCAUAAAUUGAAAAGUAUCUUGUGCUGUUGUUCCAAGAAAAGAACAUCAGGUCACAGAUGCAGAGUUCGACAGUUGAAGAAACUUGAAGCGCCCUAAAGAACUCAUUUUGUGUAUACUUAAGGAUAAUAUUUGUUAUAGUGUUUUGUUACAAAUUUGUUAUAGGGUUUUCCAUGUCUGCGUGAAAGAAAAUUGGAGCCCGGUUAUUUCUUGAAACUUCAUCAUGGUCAACUAGUAUCGAACCAGAAUAAUAAUAAUGAAUCAUAUCCUUGUACGACAACACCAAGUACACGAUUGCAAGAUCGUCUACGAAUACGUCUCUGUCGUUCAUUACAACACUUUCUAGCAGCACGUUUAAAACCAGGUCGUCGAAGAGCUAAAGAACAUACUCAUCGCAUUCGUCUAACAGUAAAUGAGUAUAAUUAUUUACAAAGUAUUGGUAUUAAAUCUCAAUUUACACCACAAAUAUCAUUUUUUGCCAGUUUAAAUUGUAUUGUCAAUUUAGUUUAUGGCGAAUAUAAAGACAAAGUAUGCUAUGUUUCAGAUUUUCAUUGUAAAGUUCGCAAAAGUAAUUCUGUUACAAUAGAAACUGAAAACGGUAAUAAAUCGAAGAUUAAUGGAGACUAUUUUUUGUACAUGAAAAUACUUCGUGGGGAAAGGGAUCGUUGUGUAGGUUAA